GUGCCGACGACAAAAUUUACGUACAGAUAUAUUACUGACGUGUCCACGAAAAGGAGACUACUUCAAGGGUUUAUGAUUAUUCUCGUUUUAUAUAAGUGGAAAGCAACUGUGUCCGACGGAUCGUGGUGUUAAUCGUAAAGCGACUUGUUAGAACCAAGCAACGAAAUUAUGGCUACGAUGAUAAACACGUUCGUGAACGCUUUCUCCAACAGACUCGAAGCACCGGUCAGGCAACAUUUGAAAAAUGUUUACGCCUGCCUGUCCUUGUCGACAGUCACGGCCGCGGCAGGAGCCUGUGGCCACCUCUACACAGACCUCCUGCAGGCUAACAUGCUGACGACCCUUGGCUCGAUCGCGUUGCUCCUUCGUUUGUCAACUUUGCCGGAUAAUGGGAAAAAUCCGAAAUUACGAUUAUGCUACCUGUUGGGAUUCGCAUUUCUGUCCGGUAUCGGGUUGCAUCCUUUGCUUGAGCUGGUCGUUACUGUCAAUCCGAGUAUCAUAGUAACUGCAUUAAUGGGAACAACUGUUGUAUUCGUAUCGUUCAGUAUCUCGGCUCUUCUGGCCGAACGAGGCAGUUGGCUAUACCUGAGCGGUACCUUAGUUAGCUUGCUGAAUGUUCUAGUUAUGUUGGCAUUCGUCAACGCCUUCCUACACUGGUCCAUACUGUACGAAAUUGAUUUGUACGCUGUAUUGUUCUUGGUGUGCGGUUUCGUUAUUUACGACACCCAGUUGAUCAUCGAGAAAUUCCACGCGGGCAGCAAAGAUUUUGUUCUGCACUCCUUUGAUCUCUUCAUUGAUUUCCUUACUAUUUUCCGUCAGCUUCUUAUCAUCCUCACAAAAAAGGAGUUAUCAAAAGAACGCAAACAACGCAAAGAGUAAAGUGGGAACGAAGGAAAUUGUAAAAUAUCAUACCAUUCAAGUAAAUCCAUGAAUUAGAGGUCUUCAUUUAAUCUAUCCAUACGUAAUGCAUAUAUUUAUUACGAUAAAAUGAAUUUAAAAUAAUACAGCUUAUCCAUUACCGUCGAGACAAAUUUUAGGUACGCGUUGGCCGUAUAAACGCAAUAAUAAUAUUAAUUUCCAAUUCCUUAGUUAUCAUUUUCUUUUUCCUUUUUUUUUUUUUUUUUAAUUAUCUAUUAUCUACUAGAUUUAUAUACAUGUAUACAUAGACAUAAAUUUAUUGUACUAUAUUUUUAUCUUUCAAUAAACAAAAUUUCCCAGCGUUUCUGGGCUUUUCUUGAUCAGGCAAAGGUUAAUCACAACACGUUCCGUGCCAUACUUUGCGUAUAAACCACUUGGAAUUUUUCAUUCGAACCGAACAAAUUUCUAAAAAUUUAUUGCAAAGUCAUGCAGCGACGUUUGAAUCGCCAAAAAUUAGUCUGGCACGGAGCAUGUUAAACGCAGGAAAGGAAAUACCAAGAUGUCGUUACAGGACUAAAGUCUUAUUUAUUAAAAUUGUAACUUUACACGUAUGAUUAUUAUCAUUUACAUGCGUAUAGAAAACAAAAAUUACGCGUCACGCAUCGAUCUUUAUGAAUAUAAAAAAUGUACGAAGAAAUAAAUCGAUGAUAAUGGA